UUUGACUACCAUUAUCUCUCUUUCUGUCUAUUAACUUAUAAUCAUUUGUGUUUUCUGCUCUCUCCCUCCUUUUUUUAUUUUUCCCUCCCACUUGUUUUCCCAAGAAAGAAUUUGCUUAGACCUUCUGGCUGUGUGGUUUUGACAGGGACUUGGAACGUCUGAAAGUAUGUAGACUUACUAAAAAGAGGACAAAGGAAUAGACAAAAGGAGAGAAGAGUAACAGAGCAAAGGGAGAACAAAAGGGAAUAGUUUUAUAGAAAACCACUUUUGGCAGCCAACUAAAUGUUGUAGCCCUCUCAUGAUGUUUGCUUUGUUCCCGAAAAGAUGGUGUAACCGUUCUCUUACUCUGUCUAUACUGGCAGUCCUGUUGUCUCUUUUCCAUGGCCACAGCUUCCAUGCAGUUCAGGGUGAGGAUUACUAUCGGAGGGUCCAGCUAAAUCGCGAGCAUUAUCACCACAUACCUGAAUCAGACCAGCAUGCCCUUGAGAGACACCAGCUGCAGGGCAACAACCGAAGUGGAAAGUCUGCUUUCAGAAAAGCACAUAAAACUAGCGCUGAGAGGAAUACACAAGCCACUGGGGGAUCAGAGACAUCAGACUGGGCUGCAUGAGGAUGAAUUCCAUGAUGGAGGCUGGUGUGCAGGAAGAAAUGAUCGUCUGCAGUGGUUUGAGGUGGAUGCCCGCAGGCUUACCAAGUUUACCGCGGUGAUAACCCAAGGCCGGAGUUCUCUUUGGUCGAGUGACUGGGUGACAUCUUACAAAGUGCUGGUUAGCAAUGACAGCCAUACGUGGGUCACCCUAAAUAAUGGGUCUGAGGACUUGAUUUUUCCUGGAAAUACAGAGAAGGAGAUCCCUGUCCUCAACAGUUUUCCUAAGCACAUGGUUGCACGUUACAUCCGUGUGAACCCUCAGUCGUGGCACGACAGUGGCAACAUCUGCAUGAGGGUGGAGAUCCUGGGGUGCCCCAUGCCAGACCCCAAUAACUAUUACCAUAGACGAAAUGAAAUCACAACAACAGACAGUUUGGACUUCAAACACCACAACUAUAAAGAAAUGAGACAGGUCAUGAAAGUAGUGAAUGAAUUAUGUCCAAACAUUACCAGAAUAUAUAAUAUUGGCAAAAGUUAUAAUGGUCAGAAGCUGUAUGCCAUUGAAAUAUCGGACAACCCAGGGGAGCAUGAAUUGGGUGAACCAGAGUUCCGCUAUACUGCAGGCUCCCACGGUAAUGAGGUUUUGGGACGAGAGCUGUUACUGCUGCUUAUCCAGUUCAUGUGCCAGGAGUAUCUUUCUGGUAAUCAGCGGAUACAGCACCUUGUGAAUGAGACACGCAUUCACCUACUGCCUUCAGUUAAUCCUGAUGGCUAUGAUAAAGCCUUUGAAGUGGGAUCAGAGUUGGGGGGCUGGUCUCUUGGACGCUGGAGUCAUGAUGGCUUUGACAUUCAUCACAAUUUCCCAGAUCUGAAUUCCAUCCUGUGGGAGGCUGAAAUCCGGAACUUGGUCCCUCGUAAGGUUCUGAACCACCAUGUGCCCAUUCCUGAGUGGUACCAAUCUAAAAAUGGCACGGUUGCCAUGGAAACACGGGCUUUAAUUGCCUGGAUGGAGAAGAUCCCAUUUGUUCUUGGUGGCAACCUGCAGGGAGGGGAGCUUGUUGUGACUUAUCCUUAUGACCGCACACGCUCACUUGGGAUCACACAGGAGCAGACACCAACACCAGAUGACCACAUCUUCCGCUGGCUGGCUUUUUCAUAUGCCUCCACCCACCGACUCAUGACUGAUGCCAGGCGCCGUGUCUGUCACACUAAGGACUUUGCUAAGGAAGACAGCACUAUAAAUGGAGCAGCCUGGCAUACUGCAGCUGGGAGUAUGAAUGACUUUAGCUACCUGCAUACAAACUGCUUUGAGCUAUCCAUGUAUGUGGGUUGCGACAAAUUCCCCCAUGAGACUGAGCUGCCGGAGGAGUGGGAGAACAAUCGUGAAUCUCUCUUGGUCUUCAUGGAACAGGUACAUCGUGGAAUUAAGGGAGUGGUGAAAGAUGUAAAGGGAAGGGGCGUUACCAAUGCAAUCAUUUCUGUGGAAGGCAUAAACCAUGACAUUCGUACAGCUGCAGAUGGUGACUACUGGCGGGUGUUAAAUCCUGGAGAGUACAAAGUGACGGUCAGAGCAGAUGGAUACACCCCGACCAGUAAAAUGUGUGAGGUGGGCUAUGAGAUCGGAGCGACCCGCUGUGACUUUGUUAUCAGUCGCACCAACUUGUCACGUAUAAAGGAAAUCAUGGAGAGGUUUGGGAAACAUCCAAUCAGCCUACCAGUAAGGCAGCUCCAGAGACGACCCCAACAACGAUGGUUGGAAUAUAGGUUUCGGAGAAGAGAGUAGAGGUUAAUAUAAGAAGAAACAAAAAGAGAAAAUGGAUGACAUUUCCGUGGGAAAAAAAUCCUCUUCAAAGCUUCAUUUUACUGAUAAAAAUCAAUUGUGCUCAAAUGUUGCUGCAAACAUACAUGUACAGUAUGUAUACAUGUCCUUUUUGUAUCCAAGCAAGUUGAAAGUUGCAAUUCAGGAAUACACUUCCAUUUCUGUUUGUGCAUUAUGGAAGCAUUAAAGUGUCUUUGCCUAAAGUGA